AUGCACUUCCAAUCACGCGUCUCCACAACCACCGUCCACGAACUUCUCUUCGCCGACGACUGCGCCCUGAGCACCACCUCGGAAGAAGAGAUGCAACGGAGCAUGGACCUCAUCUCUGCCGCCUGCGAGAACUUCGGUCUGGCUAUCAACAUGCAGAAGACGGUGGUCAUGCAUCAGCCGCCACCCAACACAGCCACUCCUCCCAACGCGCCGCAAAUCAGUGUGAACGCAACCCAACUGCAAGUGGUGGAGAACUUUCCGUACCUGGGCAGCACCCUCUCCCUUAACGCCAAAAUCAAUGUCGAAGUCCUUCGCAGGAUCUCGAAAGCCAGUCAAUCCAUCGGUCGCCUCCAAAGCACAGUCUGGUAUCAUCAGGGUCUCCCACUGAGCACGAAGCUGAAGAUGUACAGGGCGGUCAUCCUGCCGACGCUGCUGUACGGAGCGGAGACUUGGACAGUAUACACAAAGCAGGCACGUCGACUGAACCAUUUUCACCUUAGCUGUCUCCGUCGCAUCUUGAAGCUGAACUGGCAGGAUCGAAUCCCCGGCACUGAUGUGCUGGAACGGGCGGGAAACGUCAGCAUCUACACCAUGCUGAAACAGAUGCAGUUGCGUUGGAGCGGCCACCUGGUGCGCGUGGACGACGAGCGACUACCCAAACGACUCUUCUACGGAGACGUUGCGACGGGUUCUCGUCGUCAAGGAGGCCCAAUUCGCCGUUGUGUGAAAUGCUGA